UCGAGUCUCGACACCAGAGCGGCGCGUUCUCCUCCUUCCUCCUCCUCCCUCUCUUCUCUCUCUCUCUCUCUCUCUCUCCGUCCUGUCGUCCUCUCGCUCUUUCGCUCUGUCGUUCUUUCGUGUCGGUGGGUCAGGAUGAUGCAGGAAGUGUCCAUCGCGGUGGCGUACGACGCUCACGUGGUGGAGCGCCCCCUGGAGGACGAGGAGGAGGAGGCUCUGGCCACUCGGGUUGCGAGUUCCAAACCCGUGCGCUCGUUCAGACCCGUGGUUCCCACUAAGAAGCUGAAGAAGUUUGAGAAGGAAUAUCAGAGUCUGAGGGAAAACCAGCUGCAGCAGGAGGAUCCCAUCCACAGAUACCAGAGGGAGAACAGACGUCUGCAGGAGGCCAGUAUGAGACUGGAACAAGAGAACGACGACCUCGCCCACGAACUGGUCACCAGCAAGAUCGCCCUGAGGAGCGACCUCGACCAGGCAGAGGAUAAGGCUGAUGUGUUGAACAAAGAGCUGCUGAGCACAAAACAGAGGCUGGUGGAGACGGAGGAAGAGAAAAGACGACAUGAAGAAGAAACGGCUCAGCUGAAGGAGGUGUUCAGACGGGAGCUGGAAAAGGCCGAGUGUGAGAUCAAGAAAACCACCGCCAUCAUCGCCGAGUACAAACAGAUUUGCUCUCAGCUCAGCACGAGGCUGGAGAAGCAUCAGGCCGCCACCAAAGAGGAGCUGGACAUGGUCCGGAGUAAAGUGUCGGGCUGCGAGCGCUGCAGAGGGCUCUUCUCCUCCACAGACCCGCUCCGGCCCGGCUCUCCCAGAGGAGGCGGCGCUCACACGGAGCCCGCGGACGAGGAGCACGACGGGCUGAAGGAACAACUCCGACACCUGGAGCUGGAGCUGGCACAGACCAAACUACAACUGGUGGAGGCUCGCUGUCGCAUCCAGGAGCUGGAGCAUCAGAGAGGAGUCCUGAUGAGCGAAGUCCAGGCCGCCAAAAACUCCUGGUUCAGCAAAACUCUGGGCUCCCUCAAGUCUUCCUCCUCUUCCUCUCCGUCCUCCUCGUCCUCUUCCUCGCAGCAGACCCCGUCCUCCCCGAAGGACGGCCCGGCAUAACCCCCCCCCCCGGUCCCGGUCCGUCCCCUCGGUCCGUCCCAGGACUCUGCAGACUCUCCGGACUUUUGCAGCGUCCCAAAGUCUUAAGGCCAAAAGGAGGAGGAGCGACUGGUGUUUUUUUGUUUUUCCCUGGGCUGCAGCUCCGCCCGGUGGCCAAACGUCGCCACUGCAGGAUCACCUUUUUUAUUUACUAAUUCAAAAGCACCGUCUGCAGCUUUAAAGACGCACUGUGGAACUUUUCCGGUGGGGAACACGCCGCCUGCUCGUCUCGCCAAAGAGCGGGAACGACUUUCUCUGGAAUGUUCCGCAGUCGCCACGUUUACAUGAGAGAUUUAAUUCCGAAUAAAAAUCAUUUAAUUCUGAGUAAAAAUGUAUUACGCUUAAAAAAAAAAAAAAAAAAUGUUUAAAUGAAAAAUGGAAAAAAACGGAACCAGGACUGAACUGUUUUUAGUCUUGGUCUGGUCCUUGUCUCGGUCCCGGUCUCAGUUCCAGUCUGAUCCCAGACCUGGUUUAGUCCUGGUUUAGUCCUGGUUCAGUCCUGGUCUAGUCCCGGUUUAGUCCUGGUCUAGUCCCGGUUUAGUCCCGGUUUAGUCCCGGUCCAGUCCCGGUUUAGUCCCGGUUUAGUCCUGGUU